UCAACCACAGAGCAUCAUCGGUCGCGAUAACACAGGGUUACAUUUCACUGUUCGUACAUAUGACUCAGAAACAAACAUCUAUCGCACAAAACAACGUUAAUUUCAGGGUAUAAUUAUUAUCCACGUGUAUUUCUCUGAAAUCAAAACACAGACUUAUCAAUUAUAAUUCUAAUAGAUAUAUGGAUUAAUGAUAUUUUUUGUGUGAUCUUUUUGUUAAUCUGUUUGGGAUGAUACUAAUUCAUAGAAGGAUUAAUAUUAGUUGACUCCAGUUUAAUGAAUUGUUCAAAGAAUUGUUUCGACUAGAAAUGAUAUGGUCGUAUCUUCUGUAGAUUUAGCAAUUAGGAGUGUGUGUAUAACGGUAAUGCUUGGCAGUUUAUAACCAUGUUCAUUUUCUCUGAACACUAUUCAGGUGUGAAAGGUAAAUCUACGUAACUUGCAACUCCGCAUUAAUUUAAUUAAUUAUUGAACCAAAAACAAUGUCUGACGUUACUUCAUUUCAGUGUUUCAGGAUCGAUACAGUGUCACAGUAUUCUAACUUUAAAAGAAUGUCUUAAAACAAAAAGCUGCAGCAUGUGGAAAUUAUUUUAUUUGUUUGUGUUUGUGUUCAUUUGUGGAAUAGUACACGGCAACGUUUAUCAUACAACUGUCCAAAUAGCUCGAUGUCGGGUGCAAUGCCUAAAACAGACAUUAAAACGUAGAGAAAUCAGUACGAAGAUCAACGAUGGAAAUUGCUUUAAAAAAUUCCGUUGUGACGGGUGUUGGCAGAUGUGCUCCUACCUGUAUGCCAGUUAUCAGUUAACAUCUACUGUAUGUAGUAAUCCCGAUGUUUGUCACAAAGGUUGUAAAGUCGCUUGCAGAUUUCGAGAAAACGAACCAACGGGAAAUGUGACUGCUGGUUGGAAAUUUAAGGGGAAAGAUACCCAUGUACAACGCUUAAAACAUUCUCGUCAAGUUGAAAUCACAUGGUCUCGCCCAGAAUUGGAACUUCCAAGUACAAAGAGCGAUUUGAUUGUGUAUGUCAUAAUGUUCAGAGACAAGACGGUCAAAAUCAAAGACUGGGAGGAAGUCCAGCAAACAUCAUCUCAAGAAGUACUGUUAGAGCAAGAUUUUCUUCCUUUACUUCCGGAGUUCUGGUUGAUGGCGGUCGGUGAAAAUGGUACUAUUGCUGAAAUUAAAUUUGAUAUGGAUUCAUCACCAAUAGUUCAAGUUAUUACUCCAGCUGUUGUCUUUCCUCUAAAAAUAAAACAGCCAGUACAAAUUUCUAUUGACUCACCAUUAACUGUUAACGUUACUCUACAAGAGGAUACCAUAACGGGAAUUCUUUCAGCACUAGUCGAGUGGGACCAUCCACCCAUCUUUAUGAGUAACCGUGUUAUUUUGUAUGAGAUUCAUUUGUUAUUUACUGACUGCAACCAGGUUUAUGAAUCAUCGCCAACAUGCCAUAAAACACCAGAACAAUACGCACACACAGUCGGGUUUAGAGAGACACUAAAGCCCCACUAUAAGCUGGACAAAUUGCUGUAUAAUUCCUACUAUCACCUAGAAGUACAGAUGAAUGACGAUUGGUAUGGAAAGGUGGAAUUCCGUACUGUAGAAUGUCCAAGUGUUGACACCAAAACUUACACUAUAUGUCCCAGUGUUAUAGCAUCCAAUAAUAAUGAAAGUGGAACAGCAGAAGAGGAUUUUGAACAUGAACCAAUUGAUAUAAUGGAAUGGGGAAUUGUUCUCCGGAACUGGAAGUGUAACAAACAUACUGGGACAGUUUCUGUGUUGUUAGCAUGGAACGUUCCUUUCAAUCAUUCUGCCGUCUCGUCUUACACAAUUAACUGCAUCGUCAACGACGUCUCUGACAUCCCAGCUAUAGUCCGGAAAACAAAUAAAACAGAAGAAUGGUUUGAUUUGGAUGAAAAUACUGAAUAUCGAAUAGAGGGUGUAGCUAUAUACCAACGCAAUGGAAGACGUGAUGCAAUACAAAGUGAUAUCAGGCUUCUGAACACUACAAUGUGUGCUAUUAAAGCUGAAAGCGUCAAAUCGAGAAAAGUUACAGAUCCGGACUGGAAGAAUAUUGAUAAAAUAAUUGUGGGAAUAACUUGUGUCGCUAGUGUCAUUCUCCUUGGAUUAAUUAUUCUCUUCAUUUAUAAGAAGAGACAUACAUUCAAAGAUAUCAUCAUUACCAAACCAGCAGUUGCUAAGAGCAACAGUUACAAGUCUAACGUCGGAUGUAAAGUUGAUUAUUCAAAUCAAUUGUUGGUCAUGAGUGACGAGUGGGAACUAGACCCUUGUCGUCUAAAGUUCUGUACCCCUAUUGGUCAAGGAGCAUUUGGCAAAGUAGUGACUGGUUACUACGACAACAAGAGAGUAGCCAUUAAACUUGUUCGAGAUAGUGCACCUUUAUCUUAUAAAGAAGAUCUAUUGGCAGAAAUCAACUUGAUGAAACGUAUAGGAGCUCAUCCAAAUAUAGUAUCGAUGCUGGGAGCAUGCACCCUUUCUGAACCUAUUGCUCUUGCUAUGGAGUACAUCCCUUUUGGAAACCUGCAAAUGUUUUUGAAAAAAUGUCGAAUGGAGGGAGAUUUUAAUAAAAGAGCUGGACACCCUACUGAGGUUACAUAUUCCAUCAUGGAUCCGAAUGGUGAUAUUGAUAAUGGUGUAAUAACCCCAGCAGAUAUGCUGUCAUUUGCACGUCAAGUUGCUAUGGCAAUGCAAUAUUUAGCCGAAAAGAAAUAUGUACAUCGAGAUUUAGCGGCAAGGAAUGUUUUACUUGAUUAUGAUAAAGUUGUUAAAGUUUGUGAUUUUGGACUUUCUAGAGACAUUUUCAAUGAUAACCAAUAUCACAAAGUUACCAGUGGUAAAUUACCGUUGAAAUGGAUGGCUAUUGAGUCACUACGAGAUCGUGUGUUUACAACGCAGAGUGAUGUUUGGUCAUUUGGUAUACUGUUGUAUGAAAUAGUAACUAUGGGAGGAUCACCGUACCCUCAUACAGCCUUGGCAGACCUCUAUUAUGUAUUGGCAAAUGGAUAUCGAAUGGAGAAACCUGGGAAUUCCUCAGACGAACUAUAUGCUAUUAUGAGACAAUGUUGGUUAGAAAAUCCAAAGGACAGACCAUCAUUUUCUGAACUCCGUCUCCAACUAGAACAGCUGUUAUCAGUAGACAGGAAUUACUUAGAUCUAGAUAAUAUUGAUGUUCCUCUGUCCACAUCAGAAAGCAGUAGUAACAGUGUACCCAAAACAGACGAUAGAUUAUCGCUCAUUUCUAAUAGACACUCACAGUCAGUGAAAAAUACUGGUAUGGUAAAAAGCUCAACGGGCAGACAGCCACGUGCAAUAACGAUACCGUCACUAACACGUGACACCAUAACAGUUAGUGUUUGUAGAGAACAGUCAAAUGAUUGGUUAACUCGAGCACGUGAUGACGAAACAACGACAUAAUACCUUGUUUUGUGUAGAAAUGAAGGACCAAAAUCAUUGAUCGCUGACAAUGUGCUUGAUGUGCGGGUUAUGUAUUAGAAUCUACUCUGCCAAUAUACGGACAGAAAAAUUGUGAUAUACGGUUGUGAAUUUUCGAUUUCACGAAUAAUUUGUGAAAAGGAAAUUGAAAAAUAUACUGACAAAUAUGAAAUGACAAACAUGUAAUUUAUAGUCUGUGAUUUAUAUAGGAAACUUACUAUUUCCUUACUCUGAUGCUUUAGUUAUGAACAUUUCCAUGGCGAUUUUAGUUGGCGUCAUGAAAUGACAGCUAUUUCAAGUCUUUCUCAAAUUACACAUUAUAGUCCUUUUUUGAACUGAUUUUGUAUUACUUUAUAAAUCUGUGCCUUUCAGGGUUUUUUUCUAAGGAUUUACAAUCCGUCCACAAGUUAAUGCAUAUAUAUUUAUCUGCCAUAAAAACUCUCAUAUAUGAAAAUCGUGACGUUUUUUUUCAUAGGGCAUGAAAACCAUACAUGAUUAUUCCAUCUUUUAUAUAUGUAUAUCUAUUACCUCUAUUGCAUCUUAUAAAACAAGAAUUAUUGUAUCUAAUACUAAACGUAUUUAUAUAUUAUGAUUGAGAUAAUGUUACAUCAAUGCCCAGUAUAUAUAUAUAAUGCUAAUGGAAAUUAAUAUUAAAUAGUAAAAAGGUAAAAAGCUAAAUAUCGCAAUCGUGAUCAUUGGAUAACUGGAGACUAAAACGCCAGGAAAUAUAUUUACAUUUGGAAGCAUCUUAAUCAUGGUAGUAUGUCGACGUUUUAUUUUCAGUUGUGACAUCAAAGUGUUAACCAAGGAAAUUUAUCAUGUAAUAUAUAUGGAAAUUAUUCCUAAUCUGUUAAGUAAUGUUUCCCUUCCCAUGGCGGCUGAGACAAAGCACGAUUUAUGCAUUUUCCUUGUUAUGUAAUUGAUAAAAUAAAGAACUUGAAUUUAAACAUAUAUAUUAAAAUAUUUUCGGCUGCUGACAAGUGUUACACCAUGACAUCUUAUUUGGAAAAUGACUUUUUGUUAUGGACAGAUAGGGCUGGUAUUUUCUAAUUUGUUUGGCCAGUAUUCACCAUGCACGUGUUCUUCGUUAUAUAUUUAUGCUUGAACAAAUAUGAUAUAUUGUUUUCGCUUAUUGGUUAUCAUGUUAAAUGAUAGAUGAAUCCUACCCUUGAAAGAUGAUAGAAAAAAACUUGCAUAUCAUGAGUUCGUCCAAUGCUUUUAGAAAUUAUAAAUGUUCAUUCAUUUAAUUUUAUUUAUUCAGCAGAUAGUAAAUCGAAAGACGCGACACAGACAUAUCUUAAUAUUCAACAUAUUUUUAAUACCAUACUAUAUUUCCGUUAAAAAUAUAUAUUAUAGAUUUAUGGAAUGAUUCAUGGUAUCAAAUAUGACAUUUACUUGAUUAUAUUUUCAACAGAUUUUAUUGGUUGCUAGUUCUAAACGUUCUAGUUCUUGGACGACAACGUCUUGAACAAUAGAUAUAUAUGUUUUAGUUAUGUGUGUGCCAAAACUCAUUGCAGUUCGUCGAUUUUAAACCGGUGAAUUUCAUAUUUACAGCUAAAUAAAGUCCAAAGAAACAGAAACAUUUUUUAGUGGAUGCCCUAUAAAUUCACCAAAAAUAACAAAGUGAAUUAAUUAUAAUUUUCAAACUCAGAAAACAGGCUUUCUGAAAAUGUAAACUUUCCUUUAGUAAAUGCACAGUAUUACUGUGGUUUCAUUAAAGAAAUUAUUAGAUGUUUUUUGCGAAAAUAGUCGAAUUCCAGGGCUAAAAUUACAUCGAAAAUACUCUUCAUGUGUGAAUAACUUUUGGUUGGAGGGUUGUGCUCUGUAUUUUUUUCUCAAUACGUGUAAGUAAAAAGCCAAGAUUUUAUGAAAGUUGGGUCAUUUUACAAGAUUUAAUGGCAUUUCAUGGCUGUAUUCUCCAUAAAAAGACAACUUUACAAAAACUAUAGAAAUGUUGGAUUAAAAUGUAUAUGUUCAUCAUUCAAUUUUGCAACAGAGAUUUGAAAAUACAUUAAUUGUUGAUGCCAAUUUAGCCCCAAAUCGUAUCUUUCUUUCAUUGGUCACACUAUAGAAUAUCCUUUACAGCUUAUUUACAGUACUGAGUGCUAAAUGAUGUGUAUAUAUUUUUUAUUUGUUUUGUUAUUUAUUAUUGUUUUACUCAGGUAGCAUUUUAGGCAGUAAAUAACAUUUUAUUCUUGUAAAAUGUGAGUGAGAGUGGUUUGCUUUGGUAUCCAAGGUUUCUUUCUCACCGGAAGCGAUACUAGUACUUGGGUGUUUUAUUUACAGUGUCGUCGGGGUCACAUGUUGUUAAAGUUUGUAAUAUGGUCACAACGACAAGACAUGUAUCUGUGUCAACAAUUUAUGAUACGAAGGCACAGUGUCGUCAGGAUCAAAUGAUAAUUCAUCAGAUAAUAUAUAAAGAGGCCGUUUGAAAAUCGAAGUUAUAAUGUGUCGUCCAAAGAGAUGGUGUGUGAAUAUGUGCAGACUUCCAAUUGAUAUGAUAAUUUGGAAGGUUUUUGUUUAUUAACUUUGCAUGCUCAAAUGUUAAAUUCAAAUUCUUGGAUUUAUUGAAACGUUUUAAAUGUUACUGGUAUUUUCAUUGUUAUAAUCUGUAACCCUAAACUUAGGUUAAGGUUUUCCAAUUUUUAUGAAUAUUUCAAGGUUAAGUUCGUCAUGAUUCUUUGAAAAAAAACGUGUUAUUGUAAGAAGAUAAUGGCUGUUAAAAACGUUUAUUGAUCCAAGCAAAAGUCGAAUUAGCUGUUUUGAAUUUUACUGAGCAAAAUUUUUUUUUGUUUUACCGCUUUCAGUUUUAUUGAUGAUAUUUCCGUCACAGUUCAUGCUGUUCUUUCAUAUUUUAAUUGCUGUCUCAAAAUGAGUUAUUUGUUUUUAUUGAUUUACGUUGUAUUUCAAUCAAUCGAUCAUUUAUUGAUGUCUCGUGCAGCACAGAUAAAUAUAAUAACAAAUGUAUAUAAAAUGAAUCUGUCUGUAUAUAUAUAUAUAUUGGAAGUGUUAGAUCAACCCUAUCGUCUAACCGUCCAAUUUGGAAUAAUUGUUGAUAUUUUAUUGUAUAUACAUGUUAUAAUUGUUGCAAACAAGUAAUUUAAGCAAAGAAUAAAACGAUCGUUUCUAUUA